AGCAAGGAUGAAUUGGGGACUGCAGCUCUUCCUGGAAGAGAGGAUAGCUUUCUCAGUGGCAUUGAGACAAGCAUAAAGUAUGCAAAGGCCCUCAACUGCUCCAGGAUUCAUAUCAUGGCAGGGAAGGCACCCAGGACAUUUUAUGAUGCAGCCAUGAAUGACUGCUACCUGGAGAAUCUCAAGGCUGCUACAAACCGCUUCUCAGAAGAGAACAUCACUGGCCUCAUUGAGCCAAUCAAUCAAGCCAGUGUCCCAUACUAUUUCCUUCAUGAAUUUGAGACAGGUAAGUGGGUCAUCUGA